AUGAGUGAAGAGUGCGCGAAUCCUCUCCUGCUGGGGUGGAUCAAGGAAUGGCUAGAUCAAGCCAGAGAACGGAACAGCAAGGGCGUGACCGUGUACAAGAAGGCUUAUGAGUCGAUGAAAGCAUGUCCGUUGGAGUUUCAGCAUCCAUCCCAGGCGCAGCAGCUGAACGGACUGGGCCCCAAACUAUGCGACCGUUUAACAGAUAAACUCAAGGCGUAUUGUGAAGAAAAUGGACUUCCUAUGCCGGAACCACCUGACAAGGGCGGAAAAAGAACAUCUGAUGGUGCAACUUCCGAUCAACCCGCAAAGAAACCCAGGAAAUCCAAGCCGUAUGUACCAGCACUGCGAUCUGGUCCAUAUGCUAUCUUGCUAGGCCUGGGGACCCAGGAUGAGAAUGCAUCACAGGGGAUGACCAAGGCCCAGUUGAUCGAGGUAGCUCAGCCAUACUGCGAUAGUUCAUUCACAGCACCUCCAGACCCAACAAAGUUCUAUACUGCCUGGAAUUCAAUGAAAUCACUCAUCCAGAAAGACCUUGUCUACGAGCACGGCCGCCCGCUACGAAAAUAUCUGCUUUCUGAGGAAGGCUGGGAGGUCGUCAAACGUCUCCAAAAGACAUUUCCCGGUGCUCAAAACUCGAUAUCCUUCGCUGGUGACUCCCAGGCAACUGCAACGUCCCAAUCACAAAGCGGCCCUAUCACAAUUGGCACUGAAAUGCCUGAAGAUGACGAUGGGUUGAUAGAUGCCCAAGAGGAUCUAACCGAGCAGGACAUAGCCAACAUCGAGCCUGUCUUCCUCCCCCCCAAAAGCUUCACAAUCCAGCUCGUGCUAGAUACACGAGAAGUGCGCACUCCAGCCGAUCGUGACUACAUCUCAGGCGAACUCCAAAAACAAGGGAUUACACCGCAAGUACGCGCCUUGGAAGUGGGUGAUGCAAUAUGGGUAGCUAAAUGCAACGACCCCAACGACCUCACCCGCCAUGGCGAAGAAGGCGACGAAGUAAUGCUCGACUGGAUCAUCGAGCGAAAACGCCUCGACGAUCUGAUCGGGUCUAUCAAAGACGGACGAUUCCACGAACAAAAGUUCCGUCUUCGUCGCUCAGGCAUCAAAAACGUCAUCUACCUCAUCGAAGAGUUCGCAGUCACGCACCCCGAUUCAACGAGCGGAAGUGGAGCACAGUAUCAGGAAAUGGUAGCCUCAGCCAUCGCAUCAACACAAGUCCUCAAUGAGUACUUCAUCAAAAAGACAAAACAUCUCGACGAAUCAAUCCGCUAUCUAGCGCGCAUGACUCUUUUCUUGCGAAAGAUGUACGGUGUCCAAGACCCGCCCUCGACCCAAGCUGGACAAGCAGAGUCAGAUGCCAACACAACCCAGAAUACCAGCCCACCGACUCAUAUAUCUAAGAUUGCCCUCAUCCCCGGCCGCCGUCUCGCCACGGACUCCUACCUCACCAUCCUCGAUAAUCUCCGUACACGAGAUCCCACCGUUACAUAUGGCGUGUCAUUCUCGACUUUCUCGGCGCUUACUUCAAAGUCUGAUAUUCUUACGCUUCGGGAUGUUUUCUUGAAGAUGCUUAUGUGUACCCGUGGCGUGACGGGCGAGAAGGCUCUCGAAAUUCAGCAAAUUUGGCCUACGCCGCGGCAUUUGGUCGAGGCGUACAUGGCCCUUGAGCCUAGUGCACGGGAUACUAUGGUGUCGAAUCGCAUGCAGGAGGUUGUAGGGCGGAAGAAGGUUGCUAAAGAGCUUAGCAAGCGGAUUGCCGAGAUCUGGGGACAAGCUAGUUGA